AUGUCUGGCUUCGCCGGCUACGGCAAGAUCCCCCUGGGCAGCUGCCGUGCCAGCGAUUCCGGGGGUGACUGGUGUGUCACGGAGAAGAUCCAUGGAGCGAAUUUCUCCGUCCACGUAGAGAGGUCUGGCGCGCUGCGCUGUGCGAAGCGAACUGCGUUCCUCAAAGAGCACGAGGAUUUCUUCGGACAUUACCGGAUGCUGAGCCGAUACCGAGCCAAGUUCCUGGGCCUUGCGCGAGAGGUGUUCGAGAAUACCGAAACUUCCUCUGUCGCGCUUUUUGGCGAGCUCUGCGGUGGGAAGUACCCACACAAAGAGGUGCCGGAAGAGCCCCACACGCGCCCAGUGCAAACUGGUGUGUGGUAUAACCCCGUGGUUGAGUUUGUCUUGUUUGACAUCGGGCUUUCCCGGGCGGGCGGCCGGUGCUUCAUGGCCUUCAAGACUGUAGUAGAGCUGGCUGCCAAGCACAAGCUUCCGAGCGUGCCGGUGCUUCUCGUCGGCCCUCGUGGGGACUGCGCCAACUUCAACCCGAGAUUUGAAUCCCAAGUCUCUGCUGCCUUCGGUUUGCCAGCCAUCUCGGGUAACUUGGCCGAGGGCGUCGUCGUAAAGCCCUGGGAUCGGGAAACUGCCGCCAAGGACAGGCCCAUACUCAAGGUCAAGACUCAGGAAUUCUGCGAGGGCGAUGGCUGUCCACCGGCUGCCGGAGAUCCGGCCAUGCGUGACUACCUCUUGGCACAGGUCAACGACAAUCGGCUCGACUCUGCUGCGAGCAAGGUGGGCAGUUUGGAGUUGCCAGACAACUGGGAGGCGAUCGUCGACCUCGUCUUGGAAGACAUCGUCCAAGAUGUGGGCGACGACCCCACCUUGUCUGCGCUUCAGCCACAGCUGCGCUGUGAAGCUUUCGACUUGAUCACUUCAAGACGUCUUGCACUCGCUAGCGGUCCCGUGGAGCUGCCGUGA